AUGUCUGCAGGAAUUUUGUCAGUUCCAAUUGGUGCUGGGUCAAGUUAUAUUGGCUUGAAUGCUAACCCAUCAAAGCUUUUGCCUGCCAAGGCAGCAGUUGCAUGGACCAGGAAAACUGUCUCUAAUGGCUCUAGAACCCAAUGCAUGAAGACAUGGAAUCCAAUUGAUAACAAGAAGUUUGAGACACUCUCAUACCUCCCACCUCUCUCUGAUGAAUCCAUCGCGAAGGAGAUUGAUUACAUGCUCAAGAAAGGAUGGAUCCCAUGUCUUGAAUUUGACGCGGUUGGGUAUGUGCGCAGGGAUAACAGCCGAAUUCCGGGUUACUAUGAUGGGAGGUACUGGACACUGUGGAAGCUGCCAAUGUUUGGAUGCAAUGACUCUUCUCAAGUGCUCAAUGAAAUCGAUGAGUGCAAGAGGGCAUACCCAAGUGCUUACAUUCGUUGCUUGGCCUUUGACAAGCAGCACCAGGUUCAGUGCAUGGCUUUUGUCAUACAAAAACCCACCCCCACUGCCUCCUCCGCCACCUAAAUGCUUCUCUAUCCAUCCGUGUCCUUUUCCAUUAUUGGGUCAGAAUAAGGUUGGCUUCUUACGUUUAAAUAACUACAUCUAAUCUGUGGCACAUGAGAAUGGACCAUUGUUUUGAGCUCCUAUGCCGUGGGAAAGCGAAAAGGUUUGCUUCAGAUAUGUAACCAGGCUCUACUUAAUUCACAAAAAAUGAUUUGCUUUCUUUCUUUACGAAUUGUUAUGUUUUCUAUUAUGUUAUCAUUUUUGCAGUUCCCAAACAGUCGAGAGUCGGUCCACUCUAAUGUUUUAUCAAAAUCUUA